GAUCGCGGAGUCUAUAGGCAUUGUUUUGCCGGAUCAUGCUGCGAAAGAGCUUUCGGAUGAUGUGACUUUCCGAGUGCGACACAUUAUUCAGGACGCCUCGAAGUUUAUGGUCCACUCGAAACGAGACAAAAUGCUCACGUGGGACAUAGAUCAUACGUUGAAAUCGAAGAAUGUUGAGCCGAUUUAUGGCUUCAGGGCUGCCGAAAGUAUUCCGUUCCGUUUUGCCAGUGGUGGAGGAAGAGAGCUGUUUUUCAAUGAAGAAAAGGAGAUUGAGCUCGGAGACCUCGUUAAUGCGCCUGUGCCGAAAGUUCCUUCAGAUGCCCAACUGAAAGUGCAUUGGCUGGCUAUUGAUGGAAUUCAGCCGUCGAUUCCGGAAAAUCCUCCGCCGAUUGGCAAGGAUUUGCAGAAGAGGGAUUCGUCGGAUCCCGCUGCCAAAAUCAUUCCGGGAACUGCUGCUCAUCCUCAACCUCCACAAACAGGGUGCGAAUUUUUCAAAAAAACAAUUCAACGACGAAUUUUUGAUAUUCCCUUUUUUCCUUUUUUUUUUCCUACUUUGCCGAAUGGAAAAAUCAUCGUGAAAUCA